AAGAUGAACGACCUCAGGCGUCGUCUCGUCUUCCGACAGAAGGUGCUGUUUUGCCUCCUGGUCGCAGUCAUUUACGGUUUUCUCAGCUACUGUUUCGUUAUCCAGCCCCUGGCCAGCUGCGUCCUGAAAAUACGCCUUGGCACGAUUCCGAGCCAGAGCUCCUUCUGCCAGGUGGUGCGCCCGGUUAUCUAUACUUGUAUGGGCAUGGGAGCUGUUUUCACGCUCCUGGUUGCGGUCUGCGCGGCUCGUGUUCGCUACACUAGCCGGGCUUUCGAAGAGCAUGACGCUUUACUGGUCAUGCAUGUGCCCUGUUACAACGAAGACGAGUCCGUUCUUCGCAAGACCAUUGACUCUUGCAUCGAUUCCACCUAUGAGAAGAAACGCAAACUGCUUUUCAUUGUGACAGAUGGAACGGUAGCCGCUCCCGGCCAGAAGCCAACGUACCGGAUCUUGCUGGAAGAUAUCUUCAACCAUCAAGCUGAUUUGGAGGCUGGGAUCGAUGACAAUGCCCGGCCCUACACCUCCUUUGAUAUAAAAGGUGCGUCGGAGAACCUUGCAUUUUGUUGUACAGGUUACUUCCGCGAUGUACCCUAUGUGAUUGUUGUCAAGGUUGGGCGCGCAGAUGAGCGGGACCAGCCCAAGCCUGGGAAUCGGGGCAAACGGGAUUCGCAGCUCCUGGUGUACAACUUUUUCCACUACGUCAACUACCGCGGAUUCGGGAACUCGCUGUUCGCGUAUAUGGAGAACAAAAUGCGAAUCUGUCUCAACAUCAACCCGGAGGAGGCUAUGUACAUGCUCGUCGUCGAUUUGGACACCGAAGUUCGUCCCACGGGAAUCUCAUACCUUGUCCACCAACUCCAGAAAGACCCGACGCUGAUCGGGGUCUGUGGCUACACCAGCGACAGCAACCCUUUCAGCAACUUGGUGACCUGCAGUCAGGUCUUCGAAUACUGGCUGACGCACGCCGUUCUCAAAGCAGUGGAGAGCGUCUGCAGUAAUGUCCUAGUGCUCAGCGGAUGCUUCACCAUCUAUCGGCUCAAGUGGCCUGACAAUCAGCCAGCGAUCCUGCUGCCAGGCAUUCUGAAAGACUACGCAGGCAGUUACGAAAAGACUCUCCAUGAACACAAUCUCCUCUCCAUCGGGGAAGACCGCUACCUGUCCACCCUGGUCAUUCGCUACUUUGGGUCGGACUGCCGCCUGCGAUAUUUCGCAGCGGCCAUCUGCGCCACCAACGUGCCGGACUCCCUGUCGGUGCUGCUGGACCAGCGACACCGAUGGACGAACUCCCUGAUCCACUGCCACUUCGCGCAUCUUAGCGUCCUGCCCUUCGAAGCCUCCCUCUGGAGCCGGCUGCGGCUGCUGUUUGUCAUUGGCUGGGAGCUCUUCAUGGUCUUCAUCUUGCCGCUCGCUCUGCCGGCCGGCGUCGUCGUAGCCAUGAUCUCCAUCCUGCUCACCCCCUACGCGUGGGCGAUCCUGCUGGCGUUCUGUCUGUUGCCGGUUGUCCUGUGCGUGCUCUGCAAUGAUUGGAAGUACGUUCCCUUCUAUGAGCCCUUUUUCCCA